AUGCUUCAUUUAAAUCUGAUUAUCAUUUCAAAAGUGGAAGUCUUCGAGGCUAAAUAUCUUCCACAAAACGUCGCUAUGGGGGUCGUGAGGCCUCUCAUUCUCAAUGAUAAAUGUAAACUUUUUCUGGGUCGACACACGUUUUAUGAGUGUGAAGCUCUUGAUUAUCAUCUUCCUUACAGUAUUGAAAAUCAGUUCACACAACUCCACCUUACACCUUCCAAUCUAAAUAAUUACAGAGUGCUUUAUGAGCUCCAACCGCUAAAGUUAAAAGGGAAACGUUAUGUGUGA